AUGGCCAGACACGGAGGGCAGAAGUUGCCAUACCCGCCCCGCUCCCGCAUGGGCGGCGUGCCCAGGUGUGAACUGCGUUGUGCCAAUUGCGUUGCACCAACUGAGGGACUGAGGCUGCUCCACCUGCCCUCCGUUUGGGCAGCAUGCCCAGAUGCCAACUACAGGGCUGUGGCUGUGCCCAGACGCCAACUGGGCACGUUCCCAAGUGCCCAAAUGUGUUGCGCCUACUGCUCAGAUGAGGUUGCUCAGCCUGCUGUUCUGUCCAACACCCCACAUAACCGGCAUGCCCAGGAGCCACCUGCAUUGUGCCAACUGCGUUGCACCAACGGAGGGCCCGAGGCUGCACUACCUGCCCUCCUCAUGGGCGGCCUGCCCAGACAGCAACUGUUUCCGCCUUCCUUCCGGAGUUCCAACGGUUUUGGAAUCUUGGCGGCGGGAGCGUCAUCCGCGCGGCGCGCCAACCCGACGGAGGCGGCGUUCCGACUGUGUCGUAAGCAAGACAGGAGGAAAAAAAGAACUUCAGAAAGUGAUGAAGAUGUCCAUUGUAAACAUCUGAGGACAUCUGAGGAAAGUGAUUCAGGCUCUUCAGGCUCGGAGAAAAGAAUCUCUGGAUUGGAGAAGGUCAAGCAUUUCAUUCAAGCUCAGCUAGAUGUGACAGUGGGAGACUUGGAUAAGAAUCUGCAGCAUUUAAGUGAGAGAAUUGAUCGCACGCAAUGCCUACAGAAGCACGAAGGGAUAUCUAUUAAGAUUGUAAAGAAAAUAUCCAGGCUUGACAGACGUGUUAAUGCUGUGAUAGCAUUCCAGAAGGCAGACUUGUCCAAAAAGUUGGAUCUUCCCAGUGCACAUUCCCAAAACAGAGUCUUAAAUCGGAGCAAGCCUCUUCUGCUCGGAAGUGGAAGCAGCCAGUCAGCACGAUCAACAAAGACACCACCUACUCAUAGUAAAGCUCUGUCGAAAAUAGCUGUAAGCUGUGGAGUUAUAUCCCUUGAUGACAACCAAACUUCAGACAUGCAAUCUGUGAAUGUUGCAGAUGUUCAGCAAAAAGAAGCUUCUACAAAUGCAGAUGCUCCAAUGGAAACGCCAGCUAACACCCAGAGCAUAUUACUGAUUGACUUAACUGAAGAAGGAAGCAGUGCUGCCAAAGAAUGUACUGAGGGGAAAGAGAAGAGAGCUUCAGACAAAGCAGACUCCGCACCAGAAAGUCUGAACCCGGAUCCUCCUCUGCCAGCAUUACAGUCAGCAAAGCAGGUUCCGGAGCGGUUUCCCCAUCUUCCUCCGUUGCCACGGAUCCGUUUGCACCCGGAGCACAUGGAUGGGUUCAAAGGCACCUUCCCACCUCAGAAGCUGCAGCUCGCAGUGGCUCAGGUCCAGAAUCCCAAAGGCAUUGCUCUCCAGUGGAACGUCGACAAGGUGGACCCACGGUGUGCCCCCAUCGAGAGCUUCCACUUGUUCGUAUGCCUGGAAAGUGCAGCCAAUGGGACCCUUUCUUCCUGGAUAAGGACGAAUGAGAUCCAGGCAUUGCCUCUCCCCAUGGCUUGCUCUCUAUCCCAGUUCCCAAAUUCUGGCCGGUGUUACUUCACCAUGCAGUCGAAGGAUAUUUAUGGGCGUUACGGACCCUUCUGUGACAUUGGAUGCAUUUCUGCUGUAUAGUUCCUGUACACCUGCCCCCUGUAACUUGUAGCUGAGACCUGUCCCCUGUAACUUGUUAAAAUCUUACCUUCUGUCCUUUCACUCACCUCAGGACUGACACAACUGUGAAUUCUUUCUGCUUUGUUGUACUGCCGCCUUGCUGCACUGCCCACUUACCAUUUUCUCUUCUGAAUAUUUUACAUGUUUUUCUUUGAGCCUUCUCAGAUCUGGUUUCCAUAAUUCCCCAUUCUGUUUUCCCCCCUCAUUGGCCUCCCUUUUGUUUCUUCAAAGGAUAUCAUGAUCAUGGAUAAGCUCUGUUUGGAAGGACAGGUUUUGUUUGUUUUUUAAGGUUGAUUUUCUUAUAAGAAAACACUCCUCGUAAUCGUUAAAUCACCUUCUAAUACCAAAGGAAUAAUGGUUAAAAUUAUAUUUAAUAGAAAUAAUAAAAUGCCUUUGUGAAAUUAAAUUAUGUGAAGCAGUGCCUCUUUAGUUAAGGUGAGUGGCAUAAAAUAAAAAGUUCUGUCAUAA